UAUAUAAACUCACCUUAUAUGGCCAAUAAUAAUGCAUAGACAGACUCAAGAACUAAAAAUGGAGAGAGUUGCUGCAAAAUUAGCUAAACUCCGUUCGCAGCUUACUAAAUCUAGUUCCCUAUUUUUUCUCUACUUCAUCUACUUCUCAUUCUUCUCCUUUUUAGGGUUCUUGGCACUCAAAAUCACAAAGCCAAGAACGACUUCACGUCCUCAUGACUUGGACCUCUUCUUCACUUCUGUCUCUGCCAUCACCGUCUCUUCCAUGUCCACCGUUGACAUGGAAGUCUUCUCCAACACUCAACUUAUCUUCCUCACUAUCCUCAUGUUGCUCGGAGGCGAAAUCUUCACCUCCUUUCUCAGCCUCUACUUAUCCCAUUUCACCAACUUCGUCUUCCCUCAUAACAAGAUUAGACAUCUUAUGGGGUCUUUUAAUUUGGACCUUCCGAUAGAGGAUGGCCGUAGUGACCUUGAGACUGUAGUAGAUCAUUGCGAGGGUCGUAGCAAGAUCGAUGAAAGGGCAUCUAAGUGCUUGUACUCGGUGGUUCUUAGCUACCAUCUUAUAUCAAACCUAGCUGGCUCUUUGUUGCUUCUUGUGUACGUAAACUUUGUUAAAUCGGCGAGAGAUGUCCUUAGUUCCAAAGAAAUCUCACCUCUCACCUUCUCCGUCUUCACAACUGUCUCCACGUUUGCAAACUGUGGAUUUGUCCCCACGAAUGACAACAUGAUCAUCUUUCGCAAGAACUCUGGUCUCAUCUGGCUCUUAAUCCCUCAAGUACUUAUGGGAAACACUUUGUUCCCUUGUUUCUUGGUUUUGCUCAUUUGGGGACUUUAUAAGAUCACAAAACGAGACGAGUAUAGUUACAUUCUCAAGAACCACAAAAAGAUGGGAUACUCCCAUCUACUCUCCGUUCGUCUAUGUGUCCUUCUAGGAUUGACGGUGUUAGGGUUUCUAAUGAUACAGCUUCUUCUCUUUUGCACCUUUGAGUGGAGCUCCGAGUCUCUUGAAGGAAUGAGUUCGUACGAGAAGUUGGUUGGAUCACUAUUUCAAGUGGUCAAUUCAAGACAUACCGGGGAGACUAUUGUUGACCUCUCUACACUUUCCCCAGCUAUCCUCAUACUCUUCACCCUAAUGAUGUAUCUUCCCCCAUACACAUUGUUUAUGCCGUUGACUGAACAAAAGACGAUAAAUAAAGAAGGAGAUGAUGAUUCCGGAAAUAGAAAGAAAGUGACAAAGAGUGGGCUGUUCGUAUCACAACUUUCCUUUUUGACGAUAUGCAUAUUUCUCAUUUCAAUCACCGAAAGGCAAAAACUACGAAGUGAUCCACUCAAUUUCAAUGUCCUUAAUAUCAUUCUCGAAGUUAUCAGUGCAUAUGGAAAUGUGGGUUUCACGACCGGGUAUAGCUGUGGACGCCGUCUGAACGUCAUGAGUGAUGGUAGUUGUGAAGAUGCAGGUUAUGGAUUUGCAGGACGAUGGAGUCCAACCGGAAAAUUUGUACUAAUAAUAGUAAUGUUUUAUGGUAGGUUUAAGCAGUUCACAGCCAUAUCUGGCCGUGCAUGGAUACUCUAUCCCUCCUCUUCCUAACAUAUAUCAUAUAUAUAGAUGUAUAAUAAACAUUAGGCUCCUAUGUCACGUUAGUAUUUCUUAUUUUUGUGUGUGAUGUGUAGUGUGCAUCUAUUGUUAAUAUUGUAUCAAUUUAUGAUCAUAUAAUAUGAGUAUGUUGUCAUCUUGCCUUUCCUGUUUGAAUUCUAAUAAUAAAGUUUAUGUGUAUGAUGAA